AUGAGUAGGACAUCAAACAACAGCGUGGACGAUAAGAAUAAAAAAAUGCGUAUUCGUCAAUUUUUUACGACAAUGGACGAUCACUACGUAAAUGAUAUAUGGACAAAAUCAUUAAAAGCAGCUAUUCAAGAAAUUCAAAAGAAAAAUAAUAGUGGUUUAAGUUUUGAAGAACUUUAUCGAAAUGCAUAUACAAUGGUGCUGCAUAAACAUGGAGAAAGACUUUAUACUGGAACACGUGAAGUUGUUAUAGAACAUCUUGUACAAAAAGUAUGAUAUUUAAUAAUUGAAAAAAUAUAU